GAGUAUCGUGGCAGCCAGCACCAGGUGAGAGAGCAAAGUUGUGGGUGUGUGGAGUUUAUGGGACCCCGGCUGGCUGAACCCUCCAAGCUCCACCUGGGAAGUGGAGGAGUUCAGGGGCGGCCAAAGGGAGAAUGCACUAGCUUCCUUGCCCUGUAACCCUCGGGCCACUAGUGACAGCAAGAGAUGGAGCGACAUGCGAGAGUGGGCUCCACGCUAUAGUGAUGAAGGUACUGGUAGAGGAGUUUAUCUAGAGUGAGAUUGAAGGACAUUUCAAGAUGGCCAAAGAAGAGCCCACAAGUGUCUCCAGAGACUUACUGGAGCUGCAGAGGAAGCUGUGUUUCCUGCUGGAGUCUUUCCAGAACAACUCGAAGGUGGUUGCUUUUAUGAAGUCUCCUGUGGGUUGUUACCUGGACAGGCAUCCCUUCCUGGCUCUCACCGUGCUGAUGUUUGUUACCAUGUCAGCCAUCCCUGUCGGCGGCUUCCUGCUCCUCGUGGUGCUCACCUCCCUGGGUGCUCUCAUGGGGGCCAUCUUACUAGAAGGCCUGGUCAUCUCUGUUUGCGGCCUCUCACUGCUCUGCAUCCUCUGUGGCUUGGGCUUCGUAUCACUUGCCAUGUCAGGGAUAGCCAUGGUGUCCUAUCUGGUGGUCUCCUGCCUCAUGAGCUACUGGUUUUCUCUCAGAGAUGGAGACAGACCAGGGCUGGUACAACUGCUGUGGUGUCGCCAAUAUGCCCAGUGCCUUCUGCCCUUCUUCAUUGCCAUCCUUAGUCCAUGUGUUUGCGUCCUCAUGGCCAUAAGAUACUUGCUACAGCUCCAGGCCACUGACACAGAAAAAUGCCAACGUUGACUGACAGCUGGCUAUGAAGUCUGCAGACUUCGAGGGGCUCGACCAUGAAUGACAGGCUGAAUGGAACCAAAGAUUGCUUUCUAAGCAUUCGAGGAGUGCUCUCUCUUCCCCUCACUGCUCGGGCCUAUGGCUCAGAGAGAGGGCUGGAUGUGUGCCCUGCUUUUCCACCCACUGUGACCCAAUUCCCACGGUGGUAGGGUCACCUCCCCACCCCUCCACUCUCCAGUACGCAGUCGUGACCUUAGCUGAGACCUGAGCUUCCAGGAUUGGAAGGCUUGACUAUUAGAGCUCCUGGUUGAGUCCCAGGCCCUGACUGGGGGUAAGGUAGAUUGUUUUUGAAGUUUAAUUUCUUUCUUUGUUGAGGGGGUGAAGAAGAAGUUUUUCACCAAGUCAUUUGAAAUAAGGGGUUUAAAAAAAAAUCCAAAGAGAACCAGCUCUUCU